AUGACUCCAUCCCAUCAUAAACCAGAGUCCCUUCAAUCCUUAUCGGACUACAUCUCAGAGAGAGUGGAGAAGGAACGAGAAAUUUUUCGAAAUCAUCCACCUAUGAUCAUCACAGCAGCAGAUUCUUCCUCAACAAGUAUCACUAUGAAUCAUCAUCAGCUUGGAGAGCAGCCUCAAUUUCCACCUCAAUCUCAACCUAAAGCAACGACAUUUCAAGGCUUUCCUUCGAUAGAUCCAAAUGAUCAUUAUGAGGAUCACUCAAACCGACAAAAGUUACCUUCCAUUGACGAGUCCAUGAUCAUCAAUCCUUCCAACCAACAACAACAACAGGAAGGAUAUCAUCAACCAACAUCGUUCAAUCACUCCCAAAAAUCACAGAUGAGACGCCUUAGUAUCGGUAAGCCAUCAUCCUUCACUCUAACCUCCGAUUCUCCAAGAGGUUGUACUAUUCAGCAACUUGUGAGUAAGUGGGAACGACAUUUUCUCGAAUUGUCUCGACUUGCCUACAUCUCUGUAUUGAUGGGAAAAAGGCGACUCAGUGAAUGGACACUCAUGAACCAAGUGGCAGAAAGAAUUGCAGAGAUUACGGCAAGCAAGUUGUGUGUCAUCCUCAAGGAGGAUCCUCCUUCUUCUGCUUCUGACGCUUCCUCUAAUAAGAUCAAUCAUUCCUCCUUCUCGUCGUCUCAUCAUCAGAUCAACCAAGAGCAGCAUCAACAACGUCCGUAUGGAGAACUAAAAGUGAUUGGACUCUUUGGUCUCGAUGACGAGGACUACAAGCGUUUCGUUCAUGUGCAUCGACUGAGGUUUCCCACUCACAAAUCCCAUGCCAUGUUUAUUGAGGCAUUUGUCAACAGCAAACCCAUCAUUGGUACACCAAAUAUAGGCUCUUAUCGCCUUCCUCCAGGACAUGUUGAAAUUUUCAACUCCAUAUGCAUACCCAUUUGUUUUGGAAAACGUCCAUUGGGAGUGUUAAUAGCUGGUAACAGGGACGGAGACUAUACCGAAGAAAUGAUCCAUCCGUUAACUGCGUUGUGUAAUUCCAUUGGUCACAUUAUGAAAAUGUAUAGUAUGGAAACGGAUGAUGAAAACAAGACUUCAAGUGUUCCAAUAGCAGGUAUGACCUCGGAUUCAUCAACAAACUAUGAAUCUCCUCUAAUUUCAAUCAACGACAACCUUCCUUUACCACAAUUUGUCUCAAUGGACUCCAAUUUUCAAGCACCCAGAAUCACUCCUCUUCAUCCACCUAGUACACUCACAAGCAAACAAUCUACGAACAAAACUGACAAAAAACCUUCAUCACUAACAAGAGCUUCUAGCUCGAGCGGGAUACCUAGUCCACAAUCGCCUCCUCCCAUCUUGCAACGUGUUUACCAACUUGGUAAGAGCAAAAGCACCGCCUUAAUUAAGGCUGAAGGAAACAGCUCAUCUCCAACGACGGUGAUUACAUCAAGUGGUACAAACUGUGAUAUCAACGACGCAAAAUGCAUGAUAUCAUGUGGGAAUGAGCUUACAGUACCCCCCGAUCCUAACAAACUCUUUGCGCAUGACAAUUCAGCCAUAAGGACCUCAACCCCGUCCAGUGGAACGUCAAGUGUUUUAACAGGAAGCUCAAUCGAUACAUCACCUCUAUUUGAUGAAAUGGAAAACGAAUUAUUGCACUCGGCCGAAGUUUCACUUGCCGUUUUUAAGGCCGUUCGUGAUAGUAUCUUAAUUUUGGAUAGUGAUUUACAUGUCACUACCAUGAAUCCUAGUGCAAAAAAAUUCUUUGGAAUUUCACAAACAACUUCUCCGUUGACCUACGAGGGUGAUUUGCAUAUCACUGAAUUAAUACCUGACAACUACACACAACGAUUAGUUUGGUCUGAAAUUUGUAACUCAAGCCAAAAUUGGGUCCGACGAAAGGCACUUGCAAAAUGUAGAAACUACGACUUGGUCAUGAAGUCAUCUUCUGACACUCAAGAAUCAACACCCGUGGUGGAUAUUGUUUCAAAUAAUCCUUUGAGCCCAAUAGAAUCAUUCACACCAACAGCCUUGAAAUAUGAGUCCCAUGAUUUUUGUAGGAUGAUUCCUGUGCUUGUUAGCGCAAAUAGUUUCUUUUUCGGUAAUGAAACCUUUUAUGCGGUCACAGUCACAGAUGAGACAACAAAGGAAGACAUGAAAGAAAAGAUGAAGUUUAUUGCUUUUCUUAGUCAUGAAUUGAGGAAUCCAAUCCAAGUAAUUGUUUCUGGAGUACAGUGUCUCGUUGAUAUGCUCAAAAAAGAAGUUUCAAUUAGUGAGGAAAGAAAUUAUAUUGUGAAGAGCUUAUUUGGAGCAUCCGAAUUUAUAACUCUAAUUAUCAAUGACAUGAUCGAUUUGACAAAGUUGGAAAGUGGUCAUAUGAAGAUAUUUGAAACAACGUUUAACAUUAGAGAUAAGGUCAUGCAAGUCAUGCAAAUGCUACAAAUUUAUCAAGAGAAAAAUCUAGAAAUUAAGUCUUACAUUAAUGGCAAUGUUCCUCCCAUGCUCUACUCAGAUUCUACAAAGCUACAACAAAUCCUAGUCAAUAUCAUGACUAACUCAUGUAAAUACACAAAAAAGGGAAGUGUUGAGCUGAAUGUUUCUUAUACGGAGGACAAUCACAACCCCAGAGUCAUUUUUAAAAUUAAGGAUACUGGUUUAGGUAUUGACAAAUCGGAGCUUCCUUCCAUGUUUAGACUCUACAAACGAUUGCACCGAAAACAUUUUGAAGCUACUGGAAGUGGAAUUGGUUUAGCAUUAUCCAAGCUGUUGUGUGACAUUCUUGGCUGUUCAAUUAGUGUGGACUCUGAAAAGAAUAAGGGGUCAAUAUUUACGGUAGAGGUGCCGUACAAGAAACAAUUUAUACAGGAGUUUUCAAUGAGAGAGGAAACGUUUCAGAGUGGCGAGAAGAACGAUUGUGAAAUAACAGCCUCGUCAUCGGCUGAAAUGGAGACACCGAAGGUUGAACAAAUCCAAAAGACAGCACCUUCUCCCGAAAAUGUUUUGAAAGGCAAAAGAUGUUUAAUCGUAGAUGAUAGUGAAAUUAUUCGAAAACUAUUAAGAAACAUGUUGAAAGACUUUUGCAGCAAUUGCAAAGAAGCGGAAAAUGGACAAGAAGCCAUUCACAUGUGUGACGUGUAUGAGUUUGAUUUCAUCAUCAUGGAUGUCAUAAUGCCUGUCAUGUCUGGAAAUGAUUGUAUUAAGAAGCUAAGGACUGAGAAAAAGAUUAACACACCAAUCAUCGCUCUUACAGGAAACUCGUUGACAGAAGAAGUGAAUGCUUUGCUAUCUAUUGGAGCGAAUAGAGUUUUGCUGAAGCCAGUGAAACGAGCUGAAUUGCUCUCAGAAUUGGUGCAAGUGCUUUGCAAUGUGAACAAUCCUUAA